AUGGUGUGUGGCGGAAUGGAUUCCGACCAUCACAUCAACGGCGAGCUUGCUCAUGGCUUCGAAAAUAUGGUUUGUGUUAGAUGUAACGAUGGUUUUUCUAUGCAAGAUCAAAUGGUAAAUUCAUCUGGACAAGUUUGGCAUAGUGAAUGUUUUGUGUAAGUUUUCAUUUUUAUUGAAAAACUGUAUUGAAAUCAAUAUAUAAAUCCAAUAUCCUUCAGUCGAAAAAAACUCUAUUAAUAGAACAUUUUCAGAUGUGCACAAUGUUUCGAACCUUUCCCUGAUGGUAUUUAUUUCGAAUUCGAAGGUAGAAAAUAUUGCGAACACGAUUUUCAUGUUCUCUACGCACCGUGUUGUGGAAAAUGCAGUAAGUUUUUUUUUCUAAUUUGAAAUAUUCAAAAAAACGAAUCAAAAUUUUGAAAACCUAGCAAUAAAUCGAUAUUUGCAGAUGAAUUCAUCGUUGGUAGAGUGAUCAAAGCGAUGAACGCCAGCUGGCAUCCACAAUGCUUCUGCUGUGAAAUUUGUAAUCGACAGCUUGCUGAUAUCGGUUUCUUGCGAAAUGCUGGACGAGCUCUUUGUCGAGAAUGUAAUGAGCAAGAAAAGGCGGCUGGACACGGUAGAUAUGUUUGUCAUAAAUGUCAUGCCAUGAUCGACGACGGACAACAUAUCAAAUUCAGAGGAGAUUCUUUCCAUCCAUAUCAUUUCAAAUGUAAACGUUGCAAGUAAGUUUGAUUUUCACAGCUAAAAUUAUAUCAAAAACCAUUUUUUGUAUUUCAGUAACGAGUUGACAACCGCAUCACGUGAAGUGAAUGGCGAAUUAUAUUGUUUGAGAUGUCACGACACAAUGGGAAUUCCAAUUUGUGGAGCCUGUCACAGACCGAUUGAGGAACGUGUUGUUGCAGCUCUUGGAAAACAUUGGCACGUUGAGGUAAGAUCUUUUCUCUCAUAGAAACUUAUUCUCGCAAAAUUCAUAUUUUUUCAGCAUUUCGUAUGUUCUGUUUGUGAAAAACCGUUCCUUGGACAUCGACAUUACGAAAGACGUGGUCUUCCAUAUUGCGAACAACAUUAUCAUAAAUUAUUUGGAAACCUUUGCUUUAAAUGUGGAGAACCAUGUUGUGGUGAAGUAUUCCAAGCAUUGGGCAAAACUUGGUGUGUGAAAUGUUUCUCGUGCAGUUUUUGCGACAAGAAAUUGGAUCAAAAGUGAGUUUUUUUAUUCAUCGUUGGAAUUUAGUCUACUAAUUCUAUUCUUGUUGGAAAAGAACUCAUGAAUGUUUUUCAGAACAAAAUUCUAUGAAUUUGAUAUGAAGCCAACUUGCAAACGUUGCUAUGAUCGUUUCCCGACAGAAUUGAAAAAGCGAAUUUCGGAAAGUUUGAAAGAUCGUGACGUUGAAAACCAACGUCGAUCAAUGAGUCCAGCACCAAAAUAA